UACUACUACUACUACUCAUCCUACUACUAAACCUGGUACUAGAACUACUAAGCCGGGAGUUUGGGAUAUACUUGCUCCAGGUCUUAAUCCAUAUCAGGAGAAGACUGAAGCUUGGUCUCCUCCUUGGAAAGUUCCUGAUUUACACCUUCAGGUAUUGAGAUCAUUUACUGUUCCUUAUCAAAGUUUCAGUGUUGAGGGAAAACAUACGUCUAAUGUCCCUCCUAGAUUGUUCAGUGACACGUAUUUCAUCAAUAAUGUUGAAAAUAGUUUGCAAGGUCGUGCAUUGUCUCCUCAGGGAUCAAAAGAGUACAGUUUCAUGUCUUCUACUCCCUCUGGUGUAUCUAAUGAGAAGAUUCUAACUAAAGAGCCAAAGUCAGAUAAUACAAAUUUUUCAUAUAUUCGUGAUGACAAGAAUAUCAGAGCUUAUCAGGAUAUUUCUAAUAGUGAUUUGAAUAUGCUUACUCUCCCCUCUAAUAAGUCUAGUGAAGAUAUAACUGUCAAGUCAGGUUUUGUCUCGCUUCCUAUCACAGGUUCUUCAGGUACUUCUGACACUGACUCGAUUCUUGCCUCAUCUUCCCCCUCUAGUAAAGUUCAUGAAAAUAUGAUGACCGAAAACUCAAAAUCUACUACAGUUUCUUUCUCAAAUCUUCCUUUUGUUGUUGAUAUUGGGAAUGAUAUGCAUUUUCAAAUGAAUUCUAACGAUUAUUCAAUUCUUACCUCAACUUCCCCCUCUAGUGAAAUAAGUGAAGGUAUAUCAUCCAAAGAACCAAAAGCUGCUUCAGUUCCUCUCUCAACUAAAAAAGACAUGCAGUUUGAAGAUAAUAAUGUUUUGUCACGCAUCUUUCCUACAACUAUGAUACUUCCACAUGUUAAUCCUCCUUCCACUUCUCCAUCUCUUACUUUCUUCCGCCCUCAUCUUCCUGACCUCUCUGCUCACCCUCCUGACAUGGAAGACAAUGCAAUGUUUCCUAGUGACAAAUAUGAUGGUCAAAACAGGUUAUUUACUAUGCCUGAUAUUUUCGCAUCCUUGGUAUCUAAGUACAAUAAACCAUCUUCAUCUAUUUCAUAUCCUCCUUCUUCUACUCCUUCUCCUGCAGUUCCUUCUGUUUAUCCUUCUUUUUCACCGUAUUAUCUUCCUAUGCCCUCUGCUCCACCUCCUAUUCCUGCUUUUUAUUCACCUUCCUCUGUUCUUUUACCAUCUUUGCUCCUACCAUCACCUGCUCCCUCUCUCCAUUCUCUCUCUUCUCCUUCAUCUUCUACUUCUUUUCCUCCUCCUCCUUUUCCUCCGUCUCAAUCAUACAAUUAUUCUAUUCCUCAUUCUUUUAACUCUACGAAUGUUUCUGUCUCCUCUACUCCAAAUUCUGACGCCCUCAUUGCUAAUUGGCUGAAGGAAAUGGCAAAUAAUCAUCCAUAGAAAGAGGAUCAAAUUACCGAUGCUUGAUGAAGUCGAGGGUUGUUUCGAAAAGCGUUGGAUAAGCGAGGAGGAAGUCGAUGGCGUGGAAGUGGAGUGUAAAGGCCGUGGAUUGUGUUGGGGCGUCACUGCUACCUCGUGGAUACCAUCUUGUCAUGCACUUGGGCGUCUCUCGGAAACCAACAAACGUCUUUCUGUUCAGCUCAGCCUCCGUUCUUUUAUAGAGUGGUUUAUAUAUCGUCAUUUUGUUUCAUGUAAUUAGCUCACCACCUCACUUUGAGCAGACUAUUUCUAUUAUGCACGAUUUUAGGUGAUUGAUUUCUCGGUAUAUAAGUUGAGAAUUAAGUAAAGGUCUUGCAAGGUUGUUAUGAUGAUUUUCUGCCAUAUGGAUUUUGGAAACUAUGAAAUACUUCGGUGUGUUUUGGAAGUAGCAGGAGUAUUGCCCCGUGGACGGUAAACAGUUUCUCGCCUCUUGCUGUUAGUAGCGGCGCCUCCAGCCACAACUGUCCGUGGCGUAGUGUGUGUGGUGCAAGAAAGGGCGCAAAACUGUUAUGUCGGGCAGGUCUUUUCCUCGCCCUCUGCUUGCGUAACACCAGACCUUUGUUCACCGCGGCGUGUGUUGCGUUGAUGCGUGUUGAGUGUGCAUUGAAGUCCAUUGGUGUUAAGUAAGAGUGAGGAGUUAUUGGAGUGAUAGAAGGCAUCAGCAUUAUGUCGGUUUGUGUGUUAUUGUUAUGGUAAUUGUGAAGUAAUGUGUGUGUCACUACUCGUAUAUUAAAGGUGUGGUGAUUGCACUGGUGAAGUUUGGAAUUCUUGUCAUGUCUGCAGGCGGCGGGAGUGCCACAGCGUUGUGAGGCAGACACAACACACCUUUUCUUGGAAUUUAGCAACAAGUGAUACAAGUUGUUGUGUGAGUGGCGAGGUGCCGCGAGCCGCGCCUGAGGCCACACACUCUUACAUUACUCACGCCUCUUUACUAUUGCACAAGCAUCCAUUGCCUGACUGAGUGCCGCCGCCUCUACCACCACCACCACCACCACCACCACCACCACUUGCUGAUUGAUUAGUUGUUCUGACUCAGCGACACACUCCCACCUCCUCUCACCAUCAACCACCAUCACCAUCAUCUCUUGUACCACCACCACCACCCUCACCAUUACCGCCACCACCGCCACCACCGCCUCCGCCACAGCCCUGGAUCAUGACCGGUGGCGUCCUUAGAUCCGAUUAGACUGGGCUGCAGCGUGACACUUGAAGCCCAGCCCGGGGCACCUCUCCCUGUUACAACGUAGCUGACGCGGUAACAACGGAACACUGAACUAGCCUUUGACGAGUCUGACUGAGCCCCUGGUCUUUCAUAUGCCGGCAAGACCUUAAAUGUAUUAAUGAAAGCCUGAAGGAAUAUUGAUGUCAGUAUAUUAUUGCAUUCCUCGCCAGUGGCCUCGUAUUUAUUUAUUAUAAACAUUGUCUGGAGUCUCCAAGUCUAGGCGGCACAUUUCAUGUUUUUCAAAGUUAGAUACCAUGUCUCCUUUCACGUGGCUCAGGAGGAGGAUAAAGCGAUACACUCGUGACGGAAGAAUAGCGGGAAGAAAACCAAUUACUGAGGAAGGAAAUUUAAAGCAGGUAGCUGGAUUUUUCACCCUCUAGUCCCCCACCUGUGUCCCAGACUGUGAAGGAGACCCCUAAAACUCAUAAAAAACGAGACCGACUGGUUUUGUAGAGAACGAUAUAUUUUAGGAGAAACUAUAUUAUUUUUCGGCUUGUGUUUGCGGUGGAUCUUAAGAUAAAUUAUCGUGAGAGUAUUGUAUGUCUGCCGAAAGAAUAUAAUCUGGUAAAAACUCCUUUUUCUAGCGAGUAUUGAGCAGGUUUGCUGGAAUUCUUGCUAGUGUGUGUGUGUGUGUGUGUGUGUGUGUGUGUGUGUGUGUGUGUGUGUGUGUGUGUGUGUGUGUGUGUGUGUGUGUGUGUGUUCAUAAUCUUUCCAGUGAAGUGAGAGUGUAUGCAUAUUGUAGUUUCAUGAAGUGGUUACUUAUUUAUUUAUGUGUUUAUUAACUAUGUAUGUUACCAGGGAAUGUGAGAAUGAGUGACUCUAAUGCCUGUUAAAGUGAUUCAUAUACACCAUCAGGCCUCUAAUUGUUGUGUGAGGUUUGAUGGCCACAGGGAAGACAUCGCUGUGAUGAGGAGGAGUGGAGGAGGAGGAGGAGGAGGGGAGAUGGGUGGGAAGUGAAUGCGAAGGUUGGCUUUAAAGAGAAACACUGUCAGAUAAUGGACACAAAGAGAAUUAUGUAGAUAUAAAAAAAGAAGCAUUACUAUAAUGCAUAUUAAUGACGAAAGAUGUAUACUCGUGUGAUGUACUCGUGUGUCACCAGCGAUGUUUACUUAUUAUUAAACGCUUACUCUGCACAUUUUCCUUA